GCGGCUGCCACGGCGGAGAAAACCUCUACUUACAUCAUCCAUAUGGACUUAUCCGCCAAACCGUUACCAUUUCCCGAUCACAGAAGCUGGUUUUCCACUACUCUUACUUCGGUUAUAACCGAUAAAAAACCAAGGAUUAUCUAUGCUUACACCGAUUCGGUUCACGGGUUUAGCGCGGUUCUCACAAACUCCGAGCUCCAACGUCUUAAAGACAAACCCGGGUAUGUCUCUUUCACCAAAGAUUUACCGGUUAAGCUUCAUACCACUUUCUCUCCGCAGUUUAUCGGUCUAAAUUCGGCAUCCGGUACAUGGCCUGUCUCGAAUUAUGGAGCUGGUACAGUCAUCGGUAUUAUAGAUACCGGAAUUUGGUCGGACAGUCCCAGCUUUCACGACGAUGGGGUCGGUUCGGUUCCGUCUAAAUGGAAAGGAGCAUGUCAAUUCAAUUCUUCUUCCUUGUGCAACAAGAAACUAAUUGGUGCAAGAGUUUUCAACCAGGGGUUAUUCGCCAACAACCCUGAUUUGAGAGGAACCAAGAUUGGUCAAUACUCUUCACCGCACGAUACAAUCGGACACGGCACUCAUGUUGCGGCCAUCGCUGCUGGCAAUCACGUUAAGAACGCAUCUUACUUCUCUUAUGCGCAAGGAACCGCUUCAGGAGUCGCACCGUACGCGCAUAUAGCGAUCUAUAAAGCCGCUUGGGAAGAAGGGAUUUACGCAUCAGAUGUAAUCGCAGCGAUUGAUCAAGCGAUUCGAGAUGGAGUCGAUGUGAUAUCUCUGUCACUAGGAUUGAGCUCGGAGGAUGAUGAUGACUCUGAUGGUUUAGGUCUAGAAAAUGAUCCAAUUGCAGUAGCAUCAUUUGCUGCAAUUCAAAAAGGCGUUUUCGUCGUUGCUUCAGGUGGUAAUGACGGCCCGUAUUACUGGAGUUUGAUUAACGGAGCGCCGUGGAUUAUGACGGUUGGAGCAGGAACAAUUGGUCGGCAAUUUCAAGGAACCCUAACGUUAGGAAACGGAGUUAGCUUUAAUUUUCCUUCUCUGUUUCCCGGAGAUUUUCCUUCAGUUCAGUAUCCCGUAACGUACAUCGAAUCUUGCAAAGCCGGAAACAAGACUCUGGCUAACAUAAUUGUUGUCUGCUACGAAAACGUUAACAUCGGAAGCAAACUACAAGAAGCCAAAUCCACCGGAGCUGCAGCAGUAGUUUUAGUAACAAAUAAGUUACUUACGGAACAAGACACAGUAGAAUACCAGUUCCCCGUAGCAUUCAUCAGCUCAGAGCACCGGGAAGCUAUUAAAAGCUACACAUUGAGCAACAUAAACAACGCGACGGCGAGGCUGGAGUUUCGGAAAACGGUAAUCGGGACAAAACCAGCACCAGAAGUAGACGUAUACAGCUCGAGAGUAAAACCAGUUGCGGGAACUACAGCAAGGCCGUUACUUAGUGGAUUCAAUCUCUUAACCGGGACAUCAAUGGCGGCACCUCAUGUAGCUGGAGUAGCGGCGCUUAUAAAGCAAGUCCAUCCAAAGUGGAGUCCAUCGGCUAUAAAAUCUGCAAUUAUGACAACGGCUUUGACUUUAGACAACCCUUUAGCCGUUGGAGCAGGACAUGUGAGUACGAACAGCGUCUUGAACCCUGGCCUAAUCUAUGAUACAAGUCCACAAGAUUUCAUAAACUUCCUUUGUCACAAUGCAAAACAAUCAAGAAAAUUGAUCAAUAUCAUCACAAGAUCGAAUCUUUCCUAUGCGUGUAAGAACCCAUCUCCAUAUCUCAAUUACCCUUCAAUCAUUGCCUAUUUUACAUCCGAUCAAAACGGUCCCAAGAUAUUCCAGAGGACAUUGACGAACGUGGGAGAAACAAAGAGAAGAAGCUACAACGUGAGUGUGAGAGGCUUGAACGGUCUAAAUGUCGUCGUGGAGCCAAAAAGACUAAUGUUCAGCGAGAAAAAUGAGAAGCUAAGUUACACUGUGAGAUUGGAGAGCCCAAGAGCGUUACAAGAGAACGUGGUUUACGGAUUGGUGAGUUGGUUUGAUGAAGAUGAUGCUAAGUCUGAAGUACGCUGUUCUGUGGUGGCCACGAGCCUUGUGCAAGAGUCUUAAUCUUUACUUUCUCAAAAGAUUUUGAUAUUAGCU